AACAGUUACUGCUAUAGUUCUCAAAUUCUCAUUCCAAAAACAUGAGAGUUUUUACGAGGAAACUGGACUUUUAAUUCCUUCUUUUGUUGAUACCAUUUGUCAGGUCAGAUUAUUAAACAUUACUGGCCUGUGUGAAAGAAACAUGGACAAAGUCCCAGCCUGUCUCAUGAUCGGGUAUUUAUAGGGAGCUAUUAAUGGACAUGGGCUCUACAGAGAUCAUUUGCAAUCCUGAAAAUAUCACUUUCAACUUAAUAAUUACUUCUUCAAAGUGUGAGGUCUUCCCUCUUUCAGAAGGUGAGGAAAACCAGUAUAUUUUCUCAAUUCAUAGGAAAAUUAGUAGUCAGUUUGUGAAAAAGAAGUAGUCUAGACUUAAAAUGUUUCUGUACUCACUGUGCCGUAGUAUAAUCCAUUACUAACAGUCUGUGUAUGUUGCUAAUAAUAUUUCUCUUCUUUGCUACAUGUGCUAUUACAGAGCAAGGCCUUGCAAUCACACAUUAGGUGGAUCAGGUAACAAAUUAAAUGCUGCAGGUUUGCUGUGAAUUACUGCUGCCCAACUUUAGGAUGUUUCUAGAAUUACUCCAAACUUUGUAAGUGACAUGUUGACAACUUCCUUAAUUUUGCUGUGCUCAUUCAUUUUGCCAAUUUGUUUACUUGCUUUCAGUUUUACUUAUUUAUUUUAUUUUAUUUUUCCCUGUAGUUUUGAGGGUUUCUUUCAGGCCAACUGUCUUGGAAGACAGAGGUGGAUGUUUUGAUGAGAUUGAACCUGAAGAUUUAACAUCUGCUUCCAAUUAAAAAGCAGUGUUUCCCUGCACAAAGUGAUCCAGGUUGUGCUGGUUUGCCAUGUAUAAUUCUAUGUAUAUGUUUGAUGACAAUUCUGAUGAAGAAAUCCCUACCCAGCAAGCUAUUCAGGAAAGCUUACAAGAGAGGCAUAAAAUUGAAACAAGUGGCUGUGCAACAGAGGCUGAAAGUUUCCAGUCUACUGCAAGUGAAGAACAUGGAAAGAUAAUUGCAGCAAUUCAGACAGGCCAAGAAGAGACCUUGAAGAAGUUGGUGAAGCACAGUUCUGCCUUUGAAGAAGCAGAUGAGCAAGGCUGGCUUCCUGUGCACAAAGCUGCAGCACAGCUAAAUAAGAACAUCCUUGAAAUAACUAUGAAAGCCUCCAAUGCCAGUACGUGGGAACAGACCACUCUAAAAGGGGAAACACCUCUGCUGGUGGCAGUAAGGAACUGCUUUGUGGAGAACGUCUGCCUGCUCCUGAUCAAUGGCUGCAAUCCCAAUGUUAAGAAUGAAGAGGGAGAUUCUCCUUUAGUUAUAGCAAUUAAACAGGAUUCCUAUGAGAUUGCCUCCUUGUUGAUAAGAUCUGGUGCCAAAGUGGAUUUGCAGUGUGUCCACAAGAGAACUGCUCUACACGAGGCAGCCAGACUGGGCAGGAAGGAUCUGGUGGAGCUUCUCCUUCAUUCCGGAGCGGAUCCUGACCCUCGCAGUGGAUAUGGGCUCACACCUCUAGCACUGGCUGCACAGAUGGGACACACAGAAAUUAUGGAGCUCUUACUGCACAAAGGUGCAGAUGUUCUUUCACAGGCAAUGGAUUGUGCUUCUGUAUUAUUUGAAGCAGCAGGAGGAGGAAAUCCAGAUUCUGUGAGUCUUUUACUAGAAUAUGGGGCUGAUGCCAAUGUACCAAAGCACUCGGGUCAUUUGCCAAUCCACAGAGCUGCAUAUAGAGGACACUUUCUAGCCCUAAAAUAUUUAGUUCCAGUUACUGAUUUUGCUGCCAUUAAAGAAAGUGGGAUAAGUCCAGUUCACUCAGCAGCAGCAGGAGCACAUCCACAGUGCCUCGAGUUUCUCCUCAAGUCUGGGUUUGAUGCCAAUUUUAUGCUGGAUCAGCGAGUUCGCAAAGGCUACGAUGACCACCGCAAAUCAGCCCUGUAUUUCGCUGUGUCCAACGGGGAUCUCUGUUCCACACGGCUGCUGCUCAACGCCGGAGCCCUGACAAACCAGGAUCCCAUCAACUGUCUGCAAAUCGCCCUGAGGAUGGGCAAUUACGAGUUAAUGAACCUGCUGCUCCGCCACGGGGCCAACGUGAAUUACUUCUGCAGGGUGAACACCACGCACUUCCCCUCGGCGCUGCAGUACGCCCUGAAGGACGAGGUCAUGCUCAGGAUGCUGCUCAACUACGGGUACAACGUGCAGCGCUGCUUUGACUGCCCCGGGGGAAACCACUGCCACUCGCAGUAUGUCACUGACGGCUGGACCUCCACUGUCAUCAAAGACACGAUGUUCUGUGAAGUGAUAACCUUGUCAUGGCUGAAGCACCUGUCUGGGAAGGUAGUGCGAGUGAUGUUAGACUAUGUUGAUCACGUCAAGAUCUGCUGGAAGCUUGAAGCAGUCCUCAAAGAACAGAAACUCUGGCCAGACAUCCAUUUCAUUUUAACAAAUCCUCGCUCUCUGAAGCAUCUCUGUCGUCUGAAGAUCCGGGAGUGCAUGGGCCGGCUGCGGCUCCGCUGCCCUGUCUUCAUGACCUUCCUUCCACUGCCAAACUGCCUGAAAGACUACAUACUGUACAAGGAAUAUGACCUUUAUGGACAGGAAAACUUCACAGGAAUCUACAACUUCAGCUGUACAUAAGUAUUAGCUCUAUAUUUUAAAGGGAAUGUUAUCAUGGAUAAGACUGUUGUGCAGCUGCUUUUUUCUUUGGGGAUUUUAUCUCCUAUGUGUAUUAAGGAACGCCAGCAUUCCCCUCUUGCCCCCUGAAGAAACUAGGGAGAACCCCAAAAUGUAAGUAUUGAUGAUCCCAUUCUACAUAUCUCCUGGACUAUGACCUACCUGAGAGUUGUGGCAACAGUAUUUUAAAUGCCUACUGUGACAUGUUGAGGAAAUGUAAAAUGCAGGGCUGCAAUCCUUGUGUUACUGCUCAGUUAAACCCUGUUGUAUCAGAUAACCCUACCCCCACUGCAGGGUUAAACCCAGGGUUUAGUAAAAGGUCAGGGAUUUAACUAAAACCAGGAAGGGACGUAGUUCUUUUUUCUCUUGUACUUUCUCUUCUUUUCACAAGAAGUUUUUAUUUGUGAGGUUCUACAAUGACCUUCUGAAGAGCAGCUCAAGUAGAUUUUUUUUUUUUGCUCACCCUAUCAAGCAAUCCCACAUUCUAGGCAAUGUAAUGGGAUUAAGCUACAGAAACCUCUGCUUAUCCCAGCAGCUCGUGUGACAUACCAGUGUUUCAACAGGGCAGCACUGCUGAAAGCUGUUAGUUCUGCAGCUCAUGCUCAGGGGCUGGUACGUCUCAUCCACCAUGGACUUUGAUUACUCUCUCUCUAGAACUAGGCUUUCCUUUUACAGUGCUGGCCAAAGCCAUGCUUGCAAUUUUUGAAGUUUAUCUCCAUAGAGCUGCAGCUUAAGCUUUUGGAGCACUGUUAUUUUAGGAAGUCUGACAGAAGUAUUAGGAAUACCUAUAGCACGCCUGUAUUUUCUAGCAGUACUGCAAAUGUCAGUUCAUAUUUUAGAAAAAAAAAGAAGUUCAUCAACACAUUUGGCAUUAGUAGUAUUUAUUCCUUCAUUAUCAAGUAAGCAUAUUUUUUUUUUCUAGUUAUACAUGCAUCUUUAUCACGGAAGUUACAGAAUUCAAAAGUCUGCUUUUCCCCAGAAAAAUCUACAAACCUUAUAAAAUACAAAUUUAACCAUAAUGUAGUUAUGACCCAUGGCUUUUUACAUGGUGCUUAUCAUAUAGUAACCUACUGAAGCCCGUGAAGGUGAGUCCAGUACCCAGGUUGGUGCUGUGCUGUUCCCAUAACACCAGCUCUGCAGGGCCUGUCACUGUCCUGUGUGACAGCCCCACCACAGGCACUGCACAGCCCCUGCCACAGCCCCACCACGGGCACUGCACAGCCCCUGCCAUGGCUCCUCCUCAGCUUCAGUCUUGGAUUGUUGCAAAAAUAAGUUAUCAGCAUUCCCAAGUAUAACAACUUCCUCUGAGGUUAUCUGGCAAUAUGUAUGGAAAUGGAGAGAACUGAGCUACACUUGAUGACAGAGGGAGAUAACUGCAUGUUAGAGCUUUGUUUAAUGGAAGGGAACACGUCCUGUCACCAGUAAUGGUACUUCCUGAAAGUCAGUAUUAUGAGAAAUGCAGGAGGCUUUUGCAUCAGUACAAGUCCCACCCAGAAAGUUACGAGAGUUAAGCUUUUAUUUAAUCUACAAAAUGCUGACUGGAGCCCUGGCACAAUAGGGUUACUGUCCAUGUUUCCAAGAUUAAGACACAACAAUCAGAGUUGACAUAAAUAUGCCAUUGGUGGUUUUUAAUACAGCUAUUCAGGGAAAAUGUGCAAGUCAGUCUCAAACAUUGCAAAAAUCACUUACACUUCACCAGAACAGGACCAAUCCAGAACAUCAUUGUAAGAAUUUGACCACUCCACUCUAUUAUAAAAAUGACCAGAAAGAUUGUACAAAGUCCUUGUCUUGCAAUACAAAGUUCAUUAGGAAUACAAGUGCAUUCACAAUGACACACUGACUUAUUCUUGUCAUGACAACUUAGAUACCACUGUGGCAAAGGAAAAAAGAAAAGCAACUUAGUGCUUGAUUAAAAAGAAAAGCCUUGGAGACUAAUUACCUUGCAAGAAUUUUUGUAAUACAGAUCAAGAGAAAUAAUAUAAAAUAUCAGCUUUUGCUGUCGGACUAGACAAUACCUCUAUUAAAUUCACUAAGCAGUGGCAGGUUUUCUUUCUCUAGGUGACUUAUUUCUGAAAUAACAAGAGACUAUAUUGUUAACAUAGUUCUCUCCAUUGGCUCUUCCCAAAUUCUGUGCAACUACUUAAUCAGAAUUUACCUUAAAACAUAAACACAGUCAAAUUUACCUCUUUAUAUCAAUGUACAUAAAUUAUAGCUUCAUAAAUCACUUCAGCUGUUUCAGGAUUUUCAGCUCUGAGUUUACAUCCAUAUAAAGAGAAAAUCUGACAACUUUAUAAGGGGAAAUGUUCCUUAACCCUGAAAUAUUACUUUACUGUUAGAUAGUAAAUUGUCUUGAUACAAUUUCAAACCUAAACAGAUUAAGGAAGCAAGACUAUGAUAUUCAAAUGACUUUACAUUACUUGCUUGUAACCACUUAUAUAUGGUUAAGUUGUACAUGACUUUGCCCUUGUGCUCUGCUUUAGACUUGGCCACAUCUACCAGAGCCCACAGAGGAGUGCCAGGGAUUAUCUAUAAUGCAAUAAAAUGCACACCCAUAAGCACACUUGAUAUGUUUUAUAUAGAUGCCAUUACAUACAUAAAGAAUGUAUGUAGCUUGAAACAGCUGACAGCAAGACUUGCUUGUUCUGCAGCAUGAAAACCUACAGAGUUACAAGGUUAACAUCCCCUCACCUAAGGGCUAAAAUUGUGGCAGGAACUAUGAGGCUGCAAUUAGCAACAUAACAAGUUAAUCCUGAACACCUCUGCCAAUCAGUACCUGCACAAAGUCACUUCGAAAUCAUGGACUUGAAAGAAUGUUUUCAGGAGUGACUAAAAUAAUAGUAGAUGCACAUGAAGCAAACUACAGCUUCAGGUGGAAGUACUUGUAAGAUCAGCCUUUGAGUAAAAGGCAAUAGGAAAUAAUGAACAGGAGAAACAAAUUACAGGAGAGGAAAUCAACCAGUAAUUUAGUCACAAUAAUAAAAUGCUCAGGUGGUGAAAUCCUACCACAGCAGUUCCCAGCAGAACCCAGCAGAACCCAGCAGUUCCCACUAAAAGUCAUGUUCUCAAGGAAAAUACUAAGCAUUCUGAUUUCUUUUUUUAAUUAACAAAACUGUUUUCUAAUGAAGUAGUUCUAGACCUCAUAGGAAGAAAAGGUACCAAAUAGUUCUUUAUUUUGGGAAGGAGACCAUGGAUAAUAACUCAGCAACUAUUUUUGCCUUGAGAUAAUUCUAAUUACAGAGCUGUGUGAUCCUUCCCUUGGGCAAAGCUCUCACCCCCCUGAUAACUCAAUGCACCAUUCCCAUCUGACUUCCUCCCCUCUGCUGACCUUCUUGCUCAUUUUAUACCAGUGAAACUCCCCUAAAUAAGCAAAAAAACCAACCCCCUCAUUUCAUUCAUGAAGAUCAAUCUGUUUUAUUUACUCUCUUCAAUCAUGUCCCCUUCUUUAAGUGGUUAAGAUGAAAAUCAUCCAACACAAGUGCAAGGCACCUCACUCCUAUGCUGUCUGUUUUAGAAAAUUACAUUUAACAGCAAUGGAAAACUACAUUUCAGGCAAUGGAAAGCCUGAAAAUCAAAUGGAAUAAUUCCAAUCAUGUAUUGCUGAAUCUGAAAAAUCCCAUACGGUGGUGAAUUCACCUGCCACUUUAUUUGCCUUUCUUCCCCACCUUUGCAGAUUUAGAUCUAAAAUUGUAAUAGUAGGUUUCAAGAAAAAAAUACAGUAAUUCCAUUUUUGGACAUUUCUUCAAUAAGGCUAACGCAGAACAGGCUACACAUCAGAAAUGCUUUGUCAUGAGACUGCUCAUCUAUUACCUGUCCUCCCUCUGGAGCCUGGGCUACUGCAGCUCAAGUGCUUAACACAAUCCUUCCCUGACCAGAUGAAGACUGGGUUCUAGACACUGGAGAUCACUGAUUUCAUAGUCUUCCUGUGCUGUUUCUAAACUACUUCAUCUUCAGCAUGUACUUGAGAAAGAUACAAGUCAUAGCAGCAACCUUGAGCUGCCCUGUGAUAUUAUUUGAUAGAAAACAGAAAUAUCAGUAAAUAAAAACAAACAAAAACCCCAAACUAAUGAAACAUGAACCAGAAUAAUUUGGAGAGACAAACUGGCUGCACUGCACUCUCUCUAAGCCUUGAUUUAGGCCCAAAAUGGGAAAAAUUUGGAUUUGCAGCCUCUGUACAUUUUUGUGGGAAAGAAUUAAUAUAGUCUCUUAAGGAUACUAGAUAUGAAAUAAAAAUGCCACUCUCUUAAAA